GAUGGCAAAUACCGAGUCCAGUGUUUGAGUUGUUGGUGCAUAUAUUUACCAGAGGUGUAUCCUUGUACAUCCUGCUUUUCACUGUUAACAAACACUGUCAUGCUAAGUACUUCUGACUUUCUAAGUAGGAGUUUAACUGCCUAAUUUGCAUCAUUUGCACUUCAGACCAGUUUGAACACUUAGAUUAAUUUCAGUAUGUAGCUAGCACCUUUGACAUUAAAUAUCUCAAACACUGACUAAUGUCUGAAGCACUUAAUCCACAAAACUACUGUAGAUCAGUGACUAAUGUCUUAAGACACUGCGAACAAGUUAAUGCUGUUCAAAUAAAACCAAACUAAACACUAUAAUAAGCCUGCACAAGUUAACAUGAACUAACAGCAAUUAUUGGCAGUGUUGGGGAGUAACAUGGUUACAUGCAACAGAGUUACGUAAUUUAAUUAAAAAAAAAUUGCACGGUUACUGAGGAAAAAACAAAUUGUGUCAUUAAAUUACAGUUACUUUUGAAAAUGUUAUUGAUUAUAAAGGUGGAUUACAUCGAAAUAUUUUCAAAAACAUACAGAUUUGAUUGAUUUCUUUCCUAAAUUGCACUGACUGCUUUAAAAUAUGUUUCAGGAGUUAAGGACACUGAAUAGGACACAUGCUUAUUUGAUAACCAUUUUAUUCCUUCUUGGGGGUUAUGUAUAUGCUUUAUUAUUUAAGAUUGACAGUUUUUUCCAUGGCACUGUUAGAUGCAAGUGUCUCCCAUCAUAGUUAUGCAAAGAUUUGAUUUCAAAUGUAAAAUGAAACCAUUUCUUGCUAUGAAUUUAAGUAAAACGUGGUGCUGAAGUCUGAUUUUGUGGUGGCUGUGCUUUAAAAUAAAAUGAUUAUAAUCUUAAUUCAAGUGCUUUUGAAAGUCUUACCAUAAUCAGUGUUGAGUUCUACUGUAAAGUUAACCCUGCCUGCUUUAAAUGUGUGAAAAUGCUUGACAGUUAUAAACGUCAGACAUUUACAAAAGUACUCAAAUGUAAUUAGUUACAUUACAUUAAUAGGGUAACUUGUAAUCUGAAACUGCAGACAACUAAUAAAACACUUUCACAUUCAUCUUUGUUCAUUUGUAAGAAUGUUUUACAUUAAUAUAUACAAAAUACUAUGUUUGUACAUUAACCGGUCCGAGAUGAAUAAAUGCUGCAAAGUUGUUUAAGUUUAGCUCAUGAUACACAUUAAUUCAUGUGUAGAAGCUUUUGUAAGGUGGCACCACCAAAGUCCAGAUGGAGAAGCUCGGAUGCCAUGUGUCAAAUGUCAUUUUAUGGCCUCAGUCAUACUUUUAUUCUGAUAAGGGAGAAUGUUUGAGUGCACACUUAAAAACGACAGACUCCAUUCUAUCCAACUUAAAAUGUAUUAUUUACGGCAGGACUAUAAAGUUACAAUAUUAAAACGAUACAACACAAGAUUCCUAUCUGUGUUUUUGGCAGUGGAGCGUUUGUUUUUAUUGAUAAUCCCUUAAUUUUGCAAUGUUAAAUGUUGUAUACGGCCUCUAUUGAGUUUCCCAGAAACGCACACAUGCCACAGUCUUCCACCCUUGUUUGUAAUGCAAUCGUUCGGCAACAGAAAGUCAAACAGACGUCUGGGGAGGAAGUACAGUCACUGUCUCGCUUGAUGGAGUGAGUUACAGUCACAGGAUAUUUUCUCUUGAUUGAAUUCCUCCUGCAAGAAUGGACCGAGAUAAAGACAGCACUGCGUCACAUGGCAAAAAGUUUGGACUAAAAGUGAAGAAGAAACACAGGAAAGGACACAAGGGUGUUGUAAUCGCAAACAAAAAUGCUCUAGAGGCGGAGCCUGAAGCGAAUCCUGAUAAUGCAGAUGUGGUGGACGUACCCCAGCCUGGACCCUCUGACGCGUCCACCUCUGCAUCCCUUUCCUUCAGACAGCCUGCUAAUACUAAGAGGUGUAAACCUGUGGCCAAGAUCUUGGAAGGUGAAAGCAAACCACAACAUUUUCAGAUCUCCAUCAAUAUAACCGAGGCUAGGCAGCUGAUCGGGGACAAUAUAGACCCUAGUGUCGUGAUUGAAAUUGGAGAUGAGAAAAAGCAGACGUCUGUGAAAGAAGGAACCAACGCUCCCUUUUACAAUGAGUAUUUUGUGUUCGACUUCUUUUGCAAUCAAGACAUCUUUUUUGACAAAGUCAUCAAACUAUCCGUCAUGCACUCGAAGAUCAUGAAGAGCUACUGUGUGGGAACCUUCAAGAUUGAUGUUGGGACAGUUUACUCCCAGCCUGGCCAUCAGUUCAUCAAUAAGUGGGCCACGCUCACAGACCCCGCUGACAUCCGCACAGGGGUGAAAGGUCACCUGAAGUGUGAUAUCAGCGUGUCAGGAAAGGGUGAUGUUGCAGCACCGUCCCAGAAGUUCAGUGAUGCCGAAGAACAGAUAGAAAAACACCUCCUGCUUCCCGAGGGCUUAAACCCUGAACGGCCGUGGGCCCGGUUUUACGUGAUAGUGUACCGCGCAGAAGGACUUCCCAGAAUAAACUCCAGUAUCAUGGCCAACGUGACCAAAGCUUUUGUUGGAGACACGACAGCGCUCAUAGAUCCUUAUGUAGAGGUGUCCUUCUUCGGUCAAGUCGGCAGGACGUCUACUCAGAAGAGCACAGCAGACCCAGUGUGGAACGAGCAGGUGGUGUUUAAGGAGAUGUUUCCUCCACUGUGUCAAAGACUGAAGAUUCGGGUUUUGGAUGAGGGAAGCAUGAAUGAUGUGGCCAUUGGGACUCAUUACGUUGAUCUACACACCAUCUCAAAUGACACCGAUGGAGACAAUGGUUUCCUGCCCACGUUCGGACCGGCAUGGAUCAACCUCUAUGGUUCACUUCGUAAUUCCACGUUGGUGGACGACAGCCAGGAGCUGAACGAGGGCGUUGGUGAAGGGGUGUCCUACAGAGGCAGGGUUUACAUAGAGCUGAGUGUGGAGAUCCUGUCUGGAGGUGCUCCUGACUCCAAAUCCCUGCUCUCAAAAAUCAGUCUGAAAGAUGCCAAGGGAGGAAAAGCAGGGGCGAAAGAUCCCAAACCUGGGACUGGAGAGGAAGACAAGUCCAAGACCAUAGGGCCUGAGGUGAUGCCAGUGGAGCCUCCACAGAAGAUAAACGAUGAAGACAUGGAAACGUUCCUGCUCUUUGGCUGUGUGUUUGAGGCCUCCAUGAUUGACAGAAGAAUCGGUGAUAGGCCUGUCAGCCUCGAGUUCACCAUCGGUAACUUUGGGAACUUAAUUGAUGGUACUGCACCACCUCCUUCAAAGAAAAAGUUUGAAGAUGUGUCAGUGACCACUCCUCUGUUGGACACGGCAGCAACAAUGCCGUGCAAAUCUACUACAACACCAGAAAGACCUCUUUUUGGAGAUGCACAGAGGCAUUACAUGCACUUGCCCAUUGGGACGCAGAAGCCCUGUGUGUAUAUUUAUAGCAGCUGGGAGGAUCGAGCGUACCGACUCCAUCACGCCAACAUGCUGGACACAAUCGCCCUGAUGUUUGAGGAGGGAGUCACUAAGGUGGCAGAAUUGGAUAAAAUGUUGUCUCCAGAAGCCGGGACUGUCAUGCAUCAUGUUCUUCAGGAAUUUAGAAGAGAUGCCAGCGAGUUUAUUGCUUUUGCUGAAAAGAAGGUGAAGGGAAGCAACUUGACCUUACUGGACAAGAAGAGGCUCACUCUGUGCAAACAGGAGCUGGAGAGUAUGACAGAAGUCGCAGGAGGACUCCUUGAGCCCAAGAGGAGAUCUUUGACUGUAAAAGAGAUGCUCCUGGAAGUCCAGAAAAUUAAAAAGAAAUUGAGAUUCCUCGUGGAAGAGCCUCAGCACACUUUACCGGAUGUGUUUGUGUGUCUGGUCAGUCAUAACAAGCGCCAGGCGUAUGCCAGGAUCCCUGCUCGUCAUCUGCUCUUCUCACAAAGCCCGGAGCAGAGAGGCCGAGACUGUGGGAAGAUCAAGACGCUGUUCCUCAAGCCUCCAGGGAAGCGUGGACCAGGGUGGACAGUCCAGGCUAAACUUGAUGUGUAUUUAUGGCUGGGAACUAGCAGAGAUUCAGCACACAUGUUGGACAAUCUCCCAUCAGGCUUCGAACUGGAAGGCAUCUCAUCUGAGCACAGGAGUGGCCCUCCUCCUGAUUAUUUACUUUACACAGAGCAGCACUUGUUCCAGCUGAGGGCUCAUAUGUACCAGGCUCGUGGUCUCAUUGCAGCAGACAACACUGGCCUCUCAGACCCCUUUGCCUGGGUGUCUUUUCUGUCCAGUAGCCAAAGCACUGGUAUCAUAAAGCAAACACUGACUCCCACAUGGAACCAGCUGAUCCUGAUAAAUAAUGUGUGUCUGUGUGGAGGGCUUUAUGAAAUAGUCCAGGAGCCACCGCUUGUUGUGAUUGAAGUGUAUGAUGAUGAUGCAGUGGGUACAGAGUACCUGGGGUCGACCGUGGCUGUUCCUGUAGUCAGACUGUCAGAGGAGCGAUACUCCCCUCCCCAGCUGCAGUACAGCCCUCUGUUCUGUGGCGGUCUGUCAGGAGGAGACAUACUGGGAGCGUUUGAACUCAUUCAGAUCUCAAAGUCAGGAGAACACACACUUCCUGAAUUAGAUGAGCCGGAUGGAGGGGUUAUCCCAGUACCCUCAUACAUUCGACCUGUGCUCUGCAAGUACAGAAUUGAGGUUUUGUUCUGGGGCCUCAGAGAACUGAAGAAGGUUCAGCUUUUAUCUGUCGAUCGGCCACAAGUUUUUAUUAAGUGUGCAGGAGGCGGUGUCAACUCUUCGGUGAUACAGAGUUACAAGAAAAACCCGAACUUCAUGAUACUUGUGGAUGCCUUUGAUGUGGAGCUGCCUGAAGACGAACACCUCCUCCCUCCUCUCACUAUCACUGUGGUGGACUGGAGGGCCUUUGGGCGGAGCACACUUGUGGGUAGUCAUAUGAUCAACAACCUUGCCUUAUUCAAACACAUCCCCUUGCCCAUCCAACAGCCCCAACCAGAACCCAGAAAUAUAGCAGUGGCUCAGUUGUCUCUGCAGCAGAGUGUUGUGCCACCGCCCAAAGAAGAGAUCGCCAUUGAAAUAGAGCAGGAGGAAAUAAUCACCCCUGCCCCUAAAACUGAGCCAGACUUCCAGGACAAGGUGUCAAAGAAGAGCAAACGAAGGUCUACCAAAAGGAAGAAACGCACCACAGCCGAUGAGUCUGCUGAUAAUGUGAUUGAUUGGUGGUCGAAAUACUAUGCAUCAAUGGUGAAGAUCCAAGUGGCAAAGCAAAAAGAAAACAAUCCAUUUCCACUGCUCUUUGAAAACAUAACUCCUCUGGAGAACAUUAUUUCCGAAGGAUUGAUCAGUCUGGCUUCAAGCGUUAAGGACAAGAAAAAGGAAGUGAAUUACAAGAGUGUGAUAGAACAGCCCAGGAUUUCAACACUACAGGUGUAUGACAAAGAGCUGGAGGCGGAGUUUGGGCCUUUUGACGACUGGGUUAAAACCUUUGAACUCUAUCGAGGAAAGGCUAAUGAGGAAGAAGGUUCUGCUGAUGACAGAUUUGUUGGAAAGUUUAAGGGCAGGUUCUGUCUGUACAAGCUGCCUGAAACGGAUGAGGAGGAGGAGGAUGGAUAUUUGGAUUCAGGGCAGUUUAAAAUAAACCAGGGCAUACCUCCAAACACUGCAGUGAGCGUCCUUAUCCGUGUGUACAUAGUUGCAGCCUUCAACCUGCACCCUGCGGACCCAGAUGGCAAGGCAGACCCUUACAUAGUCCUGAAACUUGGGAAAACCGAGAUCAAAGACAGAGAGAAUUACAUCCCGAAGCAGCUCAACCCAGUGUUUGGAAGAUCCUUUGAAUUUCAAGCCACUUUUCCCAAGGAAUCCCUGCUAACUAUUCUCAUCUAUGACUAUGACAUGGUUGGCGGGGAUGAUUUGAUUGGAGAAACGCAGAUUGAUUUGGAGAACCGUUUUUACAGCAGGCAUCGAGCUACCUGCGGCCUGCCUACUGAAUAUGCCAUUGAGGGUUAUAAUGCAUGGAGGGAUUGCGUCAAGCCAACAGAACUGUUGAUUAAGCUUUGCAAAGAAAACCGACUGGACAACCCUCACUUUUCUCCAGGACGUAUUACCAUUGGCAACAAAGUUUUUACAGGGAAAACUGUAUUUGCUGAUGAAGAUCAGAUGGUGGAGUCAUAUGAGCACCUGGCACUAAAGGUGCUGCACAGGUGGCCUGAGAUGCCCAAUGGGAGUUGUAAACUUGUGCCAGAGCAUAUUGAAACUCGCGCUCUCUACCUUAAGGACAAACCGGGAAUAGACCAGGGUCAUCUGCAGAUGUGGGUGGACAUUUUUCCAAUGGAUAUGCCUCAUCCUGGUCCUCCUGUGGACAUUUCCCCUCGCAAACCCAAAGGAUAUGAGCUGAGGAUCAUUAUCUGGAACACUGAAGAUGUAAUACUGGAGGACACCAACUUCAUAACAGGACAGCAGUCAAGUGACAUUUACAUCAAAGGGUGGUUAAAGGGGCUUGAAGAAGACAGCCAGGAAACUGAUGUCCAUUACAAUUCUCUGACUGGAGAGGGUAACUUCAACUGGCGCUUUGUGUUCCCCUUUAACUACAUGCCGGCUGAGAAAGUGGUGGUGGUACAAAAGCGAGAAAGCAUUCUCUCUCUGGACAAAACUGAACAGAAGAUCCCUGCAGUGCUUGUUAUGCAGGUGUGGGACUUUGAGAGGCUUUCUUCUGAUGACUUCCUGGGCUCAGUGGAGCUGGACCUGCAUGGUUUUCCACGUGGAGCUAAAUCAGCUAAAGUUUGUAAGAUGGAAAUGCUGACAGAAUCCACAGAGAACAUCUCGAUCUUCCAGCAGAAACGCUCCAAAGGCUGGUGGCCCUUCAUUAAAGCUGGAGAGCUCACAGGGAAGGUAGAAGCAGAGUUUCAUCUGGUAACAGCUGAAGAGGCAGAGAAAAAUCCAGUGGGACGUGCACGCAAGGAGCCAGAGCCUCUAGAGAAACCAAAUCGUCCAGACACUUCCUUCUCCUGGUUUAUGAAUCCUUUCAAGUGCUUCUUUCACCUGAUCUGGGGGAACUACAAGAAAUACAUCAUUGCCGGACUGGUGCUGCUGAUUUUGACCUUGUUCCUGGUUCUUCUCUUCUAUACCCUACCAGGGGCGAUCAGUAGUAAGAUAGUCAAUGGGUAAUCAAACACCCUGAUUAAGUAACCGGACACAAAUGAGGAGCACAUAUUUAACUUGUUAUUGUUGUUGCUUUAAUGAUCUUUAAUUUAAUGUGCACCAACAAAUGUAAUACUCACACACAACAUUACAUGUUUAUUCAUCUUUAAACAGCAUGAAACACUGAACAUAAAACUGUAGAAAACACGUUUAGCAAUCUCAUCCCACCUGUUCUACUGUAGAGCUUUGAAACUAGAUAUACGAUUAUGAUUGACUUUCAAAAUGACAGCAAAAACUCAAAAAUGAACAUUUGUGUAAAUAUAGUGACAUAAAAGAAGCAACCACAACCCCAAUGUGGACCUGUAAUGUAAAUUUGUUGCAAAGGGUUAAGAUAACAUUUAUUCAUUCUUUGUGAAACUUAUUGUGUAUUGCCUUAUAUUGAUACCAGAAAUGAUCUAAAAAUUAUAAAGUGAUUUAUUCUCAGCUGAUUGAAAUUUCAAUGCAUUUCUCAGAAUACUGAUUUAACUCAUUUUAACUGUAGCGCUGGUAGUACUUCAUAAAGUAACAAAUGUAGCUUUAUGAAGUUCUGAUUGAAAGACAAUAAGAAGUCUAAAAUGUUAAUGUAGUGUUUCAGUUAUUGAGUGUGUCUUUUGAAGUUCCGGCUCCUGAAUUAUUGAAGAAACAGUCACAAUACCAUAUGUGCUCUUUUUUUCCCUAAGUCACUGUGGUUUAAAAAAAAAAAAAAAAAAAA